CAAUCUCAGCAGCCAAACGAAAUAGUUGUUUUGUGCCACAAACAGUGGUUUGCUCUGACGGAUAACCCGUCUCAUAAAUACGGGUGAAAUAGGCACUGGUCCGUGUAUUUUAUACUAUCAUAAUUAAAUGACUAAAAUGAAAAUGUUUAAUCAGUCUCUAUGUGUGCUGAUCGCUUUGCUUUUGAGCUAUUGUAAUGGUGCUGUUGAUAUUGAAAAAUAUUUAAAAGUGUGUGCCAGAAACUCACCUGAUGUCAAUGAUUGCCUUGUUGACGCAGUACAAUAUGGAAUAUCUGUAAUGGCUGCCGGUAUAAAGGAUUUGGGAGUACCCCCCGUCGAUCCUUAUGUACAGAAGGAACUACGGUUGGAAUAUAAGAAUAAUCAAGUAAAAGUCAAAAUGGAUAAUAGGGACAUUAUAGUGGCUGGUUUAAAAGCAUCGACUGUCCGUGAUGCCAGAUUGCGUGCUGAUGAAGAUAGUUUUCACCUGGAAGUGGAUAUGUACACUCCCGCCGUGAAUCUGAGCGGCAAGUACGAAGGCGGCGGUAGCUACAACGCUUUGAACAUCACCGCGCGCGGCACAUAUCACACUGAGAUGACUGAUCUUGUUUAUACGUGGAAAUUAGAUGGCAAACCAGAAACUAUAAAUAACGAUGUUUAUAUACGAAUUAAAUCCUUUUACAUGCGACCCGAUGUUUCAAAUAUGAACGUUCAACUGACGAAUGAUGCUCCCGAGAGUAAAGAACUAACUGCCCUUGGAGUGAGGCUAGUAAACGAAAACUGGAAAAUAUUGUACAGGGAAUUAUUGCCUUUUGCUAUGCACAAUUGGAAUAAAAUAGGUACUAAAGUAGCAAACAAAAUUUUCCUUAAGGUGCCUUACAAUCAGCUGUUUCCAAAUAACUAAGGAUUUAUUAUAUGUCUACGUUUAUAGUUAUAUUUUUUACAACACAUUCGCUGUACCACAGAAAACAUAUGUACAAGUAUGUACUAAGUAGGUACUAGAUGUAUGUACAUAUAUAGUACCUACUAGUAGGUAUAUACCUGUAAUGUGACAAGUUAUUAUUGAACGUAAAUAACAUCUAAUAGCAUACUAUUUACUUAAUAAUGAAGACAAUAAGUUACGUUAACGGUAAAACUUCAUUGAAGGUUAAAGGUAAUUAAGGUCAAUCGGUGAUGUUUAGUAUAUGAAAUAAUUUAUGUCAGGUACCUUGUAGGUACCGUCGUCAUGUCUAUGUAGGUAUUAGGUAUAUGAGCUCCCGCAGGUCAAAAGUUUUCCAGGCAUUUCCGUUGUAACUUUAUAGCAUCGCGCAGAUAGCAGACAUUUAGGCUACAUUUACACGAGCGGCAACUCUACCGACGACCGCAGUCGACUGCAGUCGGCGACGUCUCGGCGGCAGCCAAUGGGAGCCGACGUUAGUCGGCGACCGAAGUCGACCGCCGCCGAGAGUCGACUGCAGUCGGCGACGCCGUCGCCUGCCGCCGAGACGUUGCCGAUUGCGGUUGUCGGUAGCAGCUGCCGCUCGUGUAAAUGAACACUUACAGCGGAAUUCAUAGACGUUGUAGGGGCACCGCCAGGGGAUCAUUCAGCCGCCGAGUGUCGAAUUUAACCUCUAUUUGUUUGAGAAUUUGACACUCAGCGGCUGAAUGAUCCCCUGGGGGUGCCCCUACAACGUCUAUGAAUUCUACUGUUAGACUGCGCUGCUUGCUAUGUCUCGGCGGUGCUAAGAAGUUACCUCUUAGAGUUAGAUUAGUUACUCCGUGCAAGGUUUUUAAACAGGUUAGGAACAACGCCUACAAAUUAUACUAAAUGGAAAAUUCCUUUUCCAAUACAGCGGCGCUAUUCUGUAACUAUGUUUUUUUAACUCGACUUAUUCGAAGCUCACACAGUUUCGAAAACGUCUUUAGAGACAACUUAAAACCGUCCAAGUGCGUGUUAUAGCCACGAGCAGUGUAGGGUUUGGUAGAUUAAGUUAGCACUUUAAUACCUUAUUUAUUAUUAUAUUAUAUUUAUUAUAUGGCACUGCACAAAAAUACUGAUAAUGCUCAUGAUACUGAGUGGGUAUAGUUUGCACUAAAAUUCUAGUCUGCUAUGAAUCUAAUCCCCUCUGAGGUAUGUUUUUCUACACUGCGCAGCUGCGCGCCUUGUGUUCAGAGCGGUCUUGAAGUUUCAGAAUCAGAAUCAUUACAUAAAAUAAUAAAAAUUAAAUUAAAAUAAUCAUCGAUGUAAUAAAUUUAAUUAAAGUUUGACACAUACUUUAUCAGGGUAAGGUAGCUGUAGAUACAUGUCCGACUUAUUUUUUUUCUCUCGUAAAAGUGUAUAGGUAAGUAGGUUAGGUAUGUACCUAAUAUUCAGAUUGAGGAAAAGGACUAUUUCGGACUAAGUUCAUCUUAGGUACUUAUUUACUUUACGUAAUGUGAUAUUAUUGAGAUAAGUUUUAUUAAGUAAGAAAAUUGUAAUUUUUAAUAAAUAUUUCUUUCUAAAUUA